AUGAGGAUCUUCAAUAAAACCCUUCGUCUUCAGGACAUAACCAUCAUGUAUUUCACUGCCCUAGCUGCUCUAAUGGUCAUCUUGGUGGCUUCUUACCAGGCGCCCAACAGUGCAAUCGAAGUGUCCAGCCUUAAACCAAACGGCUCCCGCCCUCUCCCACCUCUCCCCAUGCCUUUCCAUAUGCCGCUUGAUCCGCGCGGGGAGCUCCAGCUGGCCUGGAACAUCAGCUACACCAACCAGGAGAUUUACAUGCAGCUCAGGAUUGCGGAGCUCAGACACGGGGUGGUCCUGGGGAUGUCCAAUCAGGGAGAGCUGACCAAUGCCGACCUGGUGGUGCUGUGGAACACUGGAACCCAGAACUACUUUGGGGAUGCAUGGAGUGACAGCAAGGGUCAUGUAUCACUGGACAUCCAACAAGACUAUGAUCUGAUUGAAGCCACACAGAAAGCUGAUGGAUAUUACCUGCUCUUCAAAAGACCGUUCAGUACCUGUGAUCCCAGAGACUACCUCAUAGAGGAGGGAACUGUGCACAUCAUCUAUGGGUUCUUGGAUAAACCACUUGCCUCACUGGAGAAGCUGAACCUGUCCCAAAUUCACACAGGCAUACAGCGGAUCCUGAUGCUGCGCCCUGACAUGCCACCACCCACUCUCCCUCCAGAUGUGCAAACGCUAGAUAUCGUGGCACCAAAUGUCAUCAUACCAAAUCAAGAGACUACUUACUGGUGCUUCAUCCACAGCCUGCCUGAAAAUAUGCCAAAGAACCACAUUGUUAUGUAUGAGUCGGUGAUAACGCCAGGGAAUGAGGCAAUCGUGCAUCACAUUGAAGUGUUUGAAUGUUCUCCGGAUGUCCGCGAAGUUCCAGAAUACAGCGGCUCCUGUGACGACAAAAUGAAGCCGAAAAAACUCAACUUCUGCCGCCACGUGUUAGCUGCAUGGGCUAUGGGGGCUGAGGCUUUCUACUAUCCUCCUGAUGCAGGCUUGGCUAUGGGUGGUCCAGGUUCAUCAAGAUUCCUUCGUCUGGAGGUCCAUUACCACAACCCUCUCAUUAUAUCUGGCCGACGUGACUCUUCAGGGAUACGAUUGCAUUACACCCCCAGUCUGAGGCGCUACGAUGCCGGGAUCAUGGAGCUGGGCCUUGUUUACACUCCUGUAAUGGCUAUCCCACCUAAACAGCACACCUUCUACCUCAGUGGAUACUGCACCUCCAAGUGUACUCAGACUGCUUUGCCUCCAGGUGGGAUCUAUGUAUUUGCUUCCCAGCUGCACACCCACUUGGCCGGGCGUGGGGUGAGGACAGUUUUGGUGAGGAGAGGCAAAGAGCUGGAGGUGGUGCAGGAAGACCAGCACUUCAGUACAGACUACCAGACAAUCCGAGUUCUAAGGAAAAUGGUGAACAUUUUACCUGGUGACGUACUUAUAACAAAGUGUACUUAUAACACCGAAGACAGGACCAAGCCUACAGUGGGAGGUUUUGGCAUCAUGGAGGAAAUGUGUGUCAACUACAUUCACUACUACCCUCGUACUCAGCUGGAGCUCUGCAAGAGCCAUGUUGACCAAGGAUACCUGCAGAAAUACUUCAACUUCAUUAACAGGUUCCAUGGAAAUGACCAGUGUGUGUGUGGUGAGGUUAGUGUGACAGAGCAGUUUUCUCAACUAGAGUGGGAUGAAUUCACCGGAGAAGUGCUGGACUCCCUUUAUAAUACAGCCCCCAUCUCGAUGCACUGCAAUCAGUCAACUGCACGCCUCUUCCCUGGUGACUGGGACAAACAGCCCAUACCAGUGGUGACCUCUGUCCUUGGAAAACCUCCAUACUCCUGUAAGCGAGGCACGCUCCACACUAACUGAUGCCUUACACCUCCAGUGUGAGCAGCAGGGGUCUCACAGGAUGUUUUAGCCCAAGGAAGAAGGAGAUCUAAAGAGUUGAAAGCCAAAGAAGAUCUCAUGAUUUUACAGAGUUUGCCUUGGUUUUUAUCUCUGUUUGACUUCUACUUGCUGUAA